AUGGUUACAAAAGGGCUGGCUAGGAAAACAUCAGCAUGUGAAGACAUGAGUAGGAUUUAUAAUAAUAACAAUUUGAGAUAUUAUGAAAAUAGUAAUCUAAGAAACAGUAACAUACAUAAUAAUAACAACUUUAGAAACUAUCACAAUAACAACAAUUAUCAAUCUAAUAACAACAACUCAAAUAACUACGGUAGAAACAACAUGUGGUGUAAUAAUAAUCAGAGGAAACAGAUACAAUACGAUGAUCAAAAUCGCAAUAAUUACCCAGCCUAUGGCAACAACUCAAGGGAUGUUGCUACAACAAUGCAAGUCAAUACAGGAUCAAAAUUUACUAUCAUACUUUAUGAUAUGGCUAAGAAAAUUGGCAUCUACGACAGAAACUUAUUCAGAUCAUUGGGACAACAAGUAAGUUAUGAAGGAAAAAUUAUCGAGCCGGUUAAAGAUGUUCGUUGGGCAAGUCCUAUAACCGCCGACUACAAAGAUGAUGGGAGCAUUAUGCUUUGUGCUGAUUUCAAAGACAUUAUAAAUCCAGCUAUAGUGGAUUUUUUAAAUAUCCCCUUCCACGGAUAA